CAAAUUACGAAAUGCAAAUUGUUACGCAGUGAAGCGAGUCAUAUUUACGUUCUGUCUGUUAGACUGUUUGUUUUAUUCGCCUCAAUAGCAAGUUGUAUGGGUGGUCUAUAUUUAAAUUUUAAUUCAAUUAAACUUUACUCGUAUAGCUAGAGUCAUUACUUAGUACUAGAGCUGGUGUUUUUAAAUAAUCUUAAAUUAUAAUAAGUAUAUAUCAUGGCUACCUUAGAUGAUAAAAUACUUGGCGAGAAGCUUCAUAAUUAUUGCAGCAGUAGCGAAGGUGAAGAUUCGGAUGACGACGAAAGAAGCGGUAAUGAAGAAGGAGAAACUUCUUACAAGUCAACCGAACAAGUGAAUGAACCUCCUCCUAUUAACAACUGGAAUGGAUCGGCUAGCAAUACUGGCCCAAAGGGUGUUUUGGAAGACUGGCGUAGAUAUAAACAAUUGGAAGCUGAAAAUCGCAAGGAAAUGGAAAUUGAGCGCAUAGCUCUUGCAAAAAAAUUAACAUUAUCUGUAAAAACAGAAAAAGAAGAGCAACAGGCUAAAGAAAGAGAAGAGAUGGAAGAUGAACUUAAUGAACUUUUAGAUGAAGAAUUCUUAAUGAAAUAUCACCAACAAAGAAUGCAAGAGUUAAUGUCUCAGUUACAAAAGUGCCCCAAGUUUGGUAAAGUAAUAACAUUAGAAAAUAAGGAUGAGUUUUUGAAUGCCAUUGACAAAGAAGAUGCCAAAGUUACAGUUAUUGUUCAUAUUUUUAAUAGAAAAGCAAAAGCAUGUACAGCUAUGGAUGGCUGCCUAAAUAUUUUAGCAAAGGAUUAUCCUGCUAUAAAAUUUUGUCGCAUAGAAGCAGAUGUAGCUGGUUUAAGCAAACAUUUUCGUGUUGAUGGCGUUCCUGCUCUUUUAGUGUACAAAGGUGGUCAGAUUGUUGGUAAUUUUGUACAACUGGCAACUGAACUUGGCAAUGAUUUUUAUGCCACUGAUGUUCAAAGAUUUCUCAUAGAAUAUGGACUGCUGCCUGAAAAUUAGUUUUGUAUAUCUUUAACAUAUUUAUUGCCACAUUUUGAGUUUAUAGUUGUAAUAUAAGCAGUCUCUUAGUUUAGAUUUAUCUCAAUAAUUCUACAAGGGAGUCCUUUAUAUAACUCUGGGUUAGGCGUUUACUGUAUAACUCUGUAAAAUAAUAUUUAGUUAAACACAUAUUUUAACCCUUUGACUGCUGCUAUGUUUGAUAUAU